CCCCAUAAUUCUACCCCUUGGAAAAACAUGGUCUUUUUCUUAAAGAUUUGCUUUAUAGUUCUACAGAAUUUUUGUUGUGUAAAUGGCAUGUGAGCAUGUUUUGUGAGUGUGUGUGUGUGUGUGUGUGUGUGCAGGUGCAUGUACCUUCCCUUUUUUUUUCACUGCUGAGCACUGGACCAUAGAGCAAAGAGGAUGGAAGGAGCCCCAUCUCAGAAGGCUUUGGGGGCUUCUCGGCCAAUACUUACUGAGCCCUAGCCCACUGCCUGGGACUAUACUAAGCGCUUUUCUGAUAUAGCCUCAUUUAAUCUUCAUAACACCCUGUCGAGUGGGUACUGUAAUUUAUUCUUUUUACAGAUAAGAAAACAGAGGCUCAGAGGAAUUCAGUGACUUGUUUGGUCACCCAGAUGGUAAAUGGCAGGGACAGGAUUUGAAGCUUAGCUAACUGGCCACACAUGGCCUCGGAGCUGCCUCUGAGGGCUGGGUAGUUGUCUCCCCCGCACCCUGUCUGUCUUUGUAUUUUAAGUGUGCUCAGCACAGGGUCAGGCUAAGGACACAGUCUGCCCGUGCCAGCUGAUGCACCGAGGGCAGGUGCUGGCUGUCAUCUUGCUCAGGCAUGGCAUCCGGCUCUCUGGCCUUCUCAGCUUCCUAACCUCCAGAGGAGGGAUUGGAUGCAGUCCCAGCCACCCUCUCCAGGUCUCAUGUGACCACUGGAGCCCUUCCCAAGGCCUCCUUCAUGCCAAGGGAGACAGCAGUGGAUCAGCCUGGGAUGGGAGCCCUGAGGAGUUGGAGGGAGCUGAAGGAGCAGCUUCAGGCCCUUCAGGACAGUGAGCGGGAGCACACGGAGGCGCUGCAGCUGCUCAAGAGACAGCUGGCGGAGACCAAGUCUUCCACCAAAAGCCUGCGGACCACCAUUGGGGAGGUCUUUGAGCGGCUGCACCGGCUGCUGCGGGAACGGCAGAAGGCCAUGCUGGAGGAGCUAGAGGCAGACACGGCCCGCACGCUGACUGACAUCGAGCAGAAAGUCCAGCGCUACAGCCAGCAGCUGCGCAAGGUGCAGGAGGGGGCCCAGAUCCUGCAGGAGCGGCUGGCUGAAACUGACCGGCACACCUUCCUGGCCGGGGUGGCCUCGCUGUCUGAGCGGCUCAAAGGGAAAAUCCAUGAGACCAAUCUGACCUACGAAGACUUCCCAACCUGCAAGUACACAGGUCCCCUGCAGUACACCAUCUGGAAGUCCCUGUUCCAGGACAUCCACCCAGUGCCAGCCGCCCUGACCCUGGACCCGGGCACCGCCCACCAGCGCCUCAUCCUGUCCGACGACUGCACCAUCGUGGCCUACAGCAACCUGCACCCACAGCCGCUGCAGGACUCACCGAAGCGCUUCGACGUGGAGGUGUCGGUGCUGGGCUCUGAGGCCUUCAGUGGCGGCGUCCACUACUGGGAGGUGGUGGUGGCGGAGAAGACCCAGUGGGUGAUCGGGCUGGCGCACGAAGCCGCGAGCCGUAAGGGCAGCAUCCAGAUCCAGCCUAGCCGCGGCUUCUACUGCAUCGUCAUGCACGACGGCAACCAGUACAGCGCCUGCACCGAGCCCUGGACGCGGCUCAAUGUCCGCGACAAGCUCGACAAGGUGGGCGUCUUCCUGGACUACGACCAAGGCCUGCUCAUCUUCUAUAACGCCGAUGACAUGUCCUGGCUGUACACCUUCCGCGAGAAGUUCCCCGGCAAGCUCUGCUCCUACUUCAGCCCCGGGCAGAGCCACGCCAAUGGCAAGAACGUGCAGCCGCUACGGAUCAACACGGUCCGCAUCUAGUGCUGCGGAGGGAGACCGCAGGCCUGAGCAUGGCCACCAGCGAGAGCCCUGCCCCGGAGAGCGGAGGCCGGGACUCCAGCCCAGCCGGGCCAACCUGAUAUCUCAGGCCUGUUGUUUACCCUCAUUUCCCUGUAAAAUGGAGGUUGUGCUCCACGAUUCCGAAGCUCUUCCAGCAUUGAUGUUCUGUAGCUCUGACCUUACUGGGGAUGCAGCUUUGGUCCAAGGGUGUGACACGGCUUCUCCUCAGGGCAGCCCCUGCCCAACCCUCAUGCCCCUCCUCUCAGGGGCAGAGGACUGCGUCCCUAUGUCUCCCUCCUGCCCACAUGCCCUAAGCUCAGUAUGUGUCAGUGGUUGCCAGCAGUUGGCUGCCCGAAAGAGACACAGAACCCUCUUAUGCUUCCAGGCCUAAGACUUGCCCCUGAUCAAGCUAGUGAUGGGCCGUUUUAUCCUCAAUCCCAGCCCACAGUGGACACAGGCGGUAGCUAGUCCCAGGGUUGCCUGAGAACCACCUUCUCCUUCCAUCCCUGUACCAAGAGCUUCAUGAUUUUCCCACUUAUCUGCGGGUAGAAAUGAUGUUGUGGCCUGUGGAAGCCACAGGCACAGGCCGUGUGAGCCCAAGGCACUCACGUCAGAACUUACCAGCCAAGGAAGACUGUCAGUAGUUAAGCCCACGUUACAGUCACUGUGCCACCACCUUCCUGCCCACAGGUCUUAAGGCCAGAUAAUGGCACACCCGGACGUAGGACAAUCAUCACUGGAUGGUGGAGGUCCCCAGCAGCUCCAAACAAGGGUCCAGCCAGGCCUCUGUGACCAGGCUAGGGUGUAGCGAGGCUGUGGGGAGCAGUAUUUUAGUCAGGCCCUGAGCACUGGGGUGGGUGUCAGCUGGGCCCCCCUCAUCAAUCUUGGCAUCUGUCUCAGUUGGGAUCCUGUUGCAGAAAGCAAGAGCUGUUUUAUCUUUAGACAAGGAUUUAUUACCAGGUCCCUAGUGGCUUUGUAAAAUCAUUGGAAGGGCUGGAGGAGCAGACUCUGCUGAAUUUCCAGGAACAGCUCCCAGCCGCCAAAUUCAUCAUGUCUGUUGAGACCAGGAACACGGCUCCCAUCUGCAGGAAGCCCCUGCAUCAAGAAGCCGCUGGCUGCAGAACUGCGCUGACUCUGCUACUGUCCGCGCCAGUCAGUGGAUGUCCUGAGGGCUGCCUCCCCCCAUUCAAUUCAAUUUCCAGAUCCAAAUGUCUACGAGGGGGGGCUUCCCUGGUGGCGCAGUGGUUGGGAGUCCGCCUGCCGAUGCAGGGGAUGCGGGUUCGUGCCCCGGUUCGGGAAGAUCCCACGUGCCGCGGAG